CACACUGCUGUAUUGCUAGUGCUGACAGUGCAGCUCGUAUCGCGGCUGGUUCUGUAUUGGGCUUCAAUUCUCAGCUGUACUGUACUUCCAGAAGCAUCAGACACUUACAGCCACAGACUUGACGUAGUGAUCUUCUCUCUUGGCCCAUAAUUUAGUUAGUAAAAUGCAAAGUUGCGUCGACUAUCUCAAUUGUAUUUAAAGUCAACUCCAUUCCCGCAAUAGACCAAACUCUCAUCAUCACUCAACAGCCAUCCAUCACCCCGCACUACACACUUCACAUUUCAACCACCAGCAUGCAUUUCGCUACCAUUGUCGCUACUGCUGCUCUCGCCAUGGGCGUCGCUGCUGAGCCUGCCUCUAAGGAUCUUCCCUUCAACGUUAUUUCUGCCCGCGUUUGGAGCUCAAAAGACUGCGGAGGUGACAACAACAGCGGAAACCUCGGCGAAUUGACCACGCAUCGCGACGAGCUCAAUAAAUGCUUCAAGUUCACCGACAAGGUCAAAUCGGUCAGCCAGUAUGAGCACGCCAAGGGAUGCAAGCUUCUCCUCUUCACAGACAGCAACUGCAAGCGUGGACAGAAGACUGUCAAGGAUGACCAGUGCCGCGAGACUUCUUCUCACUUCAGCAGCUACAAGACUGUUUGCAACUGAGCUGUCACGAGUCACGAGUUAAGACAUGAUGAUGCAUUAAUGGCCAAGAGAUGAUAAUGGACUAAUGGUUGUUAAGACGAUGAUGGCAGCAUAAGACGGAGUUAUGGACAUUCCUUUGGCAAAGAGGUCGUAUGAAUUAAUAUACAGCA